AUUUUAAUAAAAACAAAAAACGAGUCAAUUACCGCGGUAAUUUUACCUGUAGGAUUCGGUGUAAAAAACCGUAUCUCUCGUACUUUCCUUUAUAACUUGCUUAGUAAUUACACUACACUGAACUGGAGUAAAUCGACAUCGGAUCGAAGACAAAAAUGGAGAUUGUCAUAAAUGUCAUUUACUUUUAAGGUUAUGUUUUUCUUUUUCUGUAAAGUUUCUUAAAGCACAUGUUAUUUAUUUCCUUUUAAAUAAUUAAAUGUACAAUGUUUCACAAUAAUAACCAAUUACUCAACAAUUUACCACAAUUGCAAAAUUUGAUAAAGAGAGAUCCACCUUCCUACCAUGAAGAAUUUAUAUAUCAACUUCGGCAUUUCAACAACAUCUUGGAAGUAUUUAAAUUGUGUCCAGAAAAACACAAUAAGACACUGGAUGAAUUGAUCAUGUUUUUGGCGCAAGUAUCGCAGUGUUAUCCUAAAGAACUGGAAAAUUUUCCUCAAAUAUUAAUUGAUUUAUUGCGUAGUCAUAAUACUGUUUUGGAUGGAGACAUGAGAAUGACUUUAUGCAGAGCUUUAAUAUUACUUAGAAAUAAAAAUUUAUUAGCUCCGACCGAUUUACUAGAGCUUUUUUUUCAACUGUUAAGGUGCCAGGAUAAAGCUUUGAGAUCGUUUUUACAAACCCACAUUGUUACAGAUAUAAAGAAUAUAAACAGUAAACAUAAAAAUGCCAAAUUGAAUACCACGUUACAAAAUUUUAUGUUUACUAUGUUGAAAGAUAGUAAUACCAGAGCUGCAAAAAUGUCUGUGGAUAUUAUGAUUGAGUUGUAUAAAAAGAAUAUAUGGAAUGAUGUUAAAACGGUGAAUGUUGUAGCCACUGGAUGUUUUUCUAAAAUAACAAAGGUAAUGGUUUCUUGUUUGAAAUUCUUCUUGGGAAAAGAUUCUGUUGAAAAGGAUUCAGAUGAUUCUGAUUCAGAUAACGAAGUUGAUCCCAAAGAAGUUAUGAUGGCUAAUAAAUUUAAUAAAAAAACUAGAAAAAGAGAAAAACAACUCGACAAAGUGAAGAAGUUGGCAAAAAAACAAAAGAAGAAGAAGUCCGAAGUUGCAAGCUUCAAUUUCUCUGCCAUACAUCUUAUACAUGAUCCUCAAGGUAUGGCUGAAAAAUUGUUUAAACAGUUGGAAACGACAACUAAGAGAUUCGAAGUAAAACUUCUCACUUUAGAUGUAAUAUCCAGACUUAUCGGUCUGCAUGAUCUCUUUUUAUUCAACUAUUAUCCGUACAUUCAAAGAUUCAUGCAACCACAUCAACGUGAAGCUACGAGAAUCUUACAGUUUGCUGCUCAAGCCAGCCACGAACUUGUACCUCCGGAUGUUAUACAUCCUGUAUUGAAAACUUUGGCAAAUAAUUUCAUCACUGAGAGAAACUCUUCUGAUGUCAUAGCUAUAGGACUAAAUGCUGUUAAAGAAGUUUGUGCUAGAUGUCCGUUAGCUAUGGAUGAAGAUUUGUUACAAGAUUUGGCACAGUACAAGAAUUAUAGAGAUCGUUCUGUUAUGAUGGCGUCCAGGGCUUUGAUUCAAAUGUUCCGAACUAUCCGGCCCGAGCUUUUACAUAAAAAAGACAGGGGACGGCCAACAGAAGCUACUGAAGAAAUGGAACAAAUGGAUUAUGGAAAAUCUACUGCUACUGAUUUUAUACCAGGUGCAGAAGUGUUACUUUCUGAACAAUCUACUCAUGUAAACGUAGAUUCAGGUCCAGAAUCUGCGUCUGACGAUGAGGAAUGGAUAGAUAUUCAACACUCUGAUGAUAAUCUUGAAAUUGAUAGUGGUGCCGAAGAGGAGGAAGAAUCCGAUGAAGAACAGGAAGUUGAAAGUGGAGAGAAAAAAAAAUCAAAAAUAGAAAAGCAAGCAGAAAAACGAAAACAGAAAGCUGAAAGUGCAAAAUUGAAAAAAGAACAAGCUCAAAAAAUCAGCUUAGAAAAAAUAUUAACAGAUGAAGAUUUCAAAAAAAUAGACGCGGCGAAUAUUAGGAAACAAGUAUUUACAACAAAGAAAGGAAUCAAAAGGAAGUUGGAAGAAACUCCAAUGGAAGCCCCUUCGGAAUUAGUGAAACUUAGCGACAUCGAAAACAUAUAUAAAAAAAGAAAACAUGAUAAACAGGCUAGAAUAGAAAGUGUUAGAAAGGGACAAGCGGAUAGAGAAAAGUUUGGAUAUAAAGAUGGAAGAGUUAAUGAACAUUGCUCUAAAACGAAUAGGGAAAAGAGGAAAAAUAAAAAUUUCCAGAUGAUAAGGCAUAAAGUCAAAGGUAAAGUGAAGAGGAGUUUCAAAGAUAAACAAAUAGCUCUUAGGAAUCAUUUAUUGAAAUUGAAAAAAAUGAAAUAAACUCUAGAGAAUUUGUUUAUAUUAUUUUGGUUUAUAUCACAACAUUAUCAUUAUUAACAAACUUCAUUCAUCCUAAAUUCAGUAAUUUAAAUUAGAAUUUAUGGUUUAUGAUAAUUAAACUCUUAGGAGU